UUUCGUGUUUGUGAGAGCGCCCGCCCGCCCUCUCCACCAUGAGCAAGGACUUGGAGAAUGGCAAUGCCGCCAAGGAUUUCUCUGAGCCCCCGCCGACGCCUCUCAUCGAUCUUGCGGAGCUCAAGUCGUGGUCGCUCUACCGGGCUUGCAUCGUCGAGCUCGUUGCCACGCUCUUGUUCCUCUACAUUGGCGUCACUGCGCUCAUCGGGCACGCCAGGGCGCAGGCGGCCGCGGGCGGGGAUUCUUGCGGCGGGAUUGGGCUGCUGGGCGUCGCGUGGGUGUUCGGCGGCAUGAUCUUCGUCCUCGUCUACUGCACGGCCGGCGUCUCUGGUGGUCAUCUAAAUCCUGCCGUUACAUUUGGCAUGUUCUUGGCCCGGAAGGUUUCGAUUCCCCGUGCGCUGCUCUACGUUGCGUCCCAGGUCGCGGGCGCGAUCUUUGGGGCGGGGCUGGCCAAAGGCUUCCAGGCCAGCUUCUACAAUGGCAACAUGGGUGGCGCCACUUUCAUCCAGAAUGGCUACACCAAAGCCGAGGGACUGGGCGCUGAGAUCAUCGGGACUUUUGUGCUCGCUUACACUGUCUUCUCCGCCACUGAUCCCAAACGAGUUGCUCGUGACUCUCACGUUCCGGUCCUCGCUCCGCUCCCGAUCGGAUUCGCCGUGUUCAUGGUUCACCUGGCUCUGCUGCCCGUGACUGGCUCGAGUGUGAAUCCGGCUCGCAGCUUUGCAACGGCUGUCAUCUACAAUAACAGCAGAGUUUGGAACGAUCAGUGGGUUUACUGGGUUGGACCGCUUCUUGGAGCUGCGCUCGCCGCAAUGUAUCAUCAAUACAUUCUUCGUGGCGGAGCUCGCGCCGUCAGAGCUCUCAACUCUUUCAGGAGUUCGUCCAUGCACUAAAACGACGUAGAAGUAAGUUGGCUUAUGUGUUCUAAUUAAUCACUAGUUACAAAGUAGAUUUCCCAUUCACUUGUAAAAAAAAUGUUUACACACAAGCAAAGCAAGCACAAGAAAAACUAUUUACUUGAA